GAGAGUCCAGACCAUUGAAAAUUAAGAGACAGUGUGAAAAUGUUACUCAAAGGGAGUGGACGUCUACUGUAUCGCAUUGGUUUUGUCUUGCAGUUGUGUUCCUUUAGAUACUGCCCACAAAAGAAUCAAUAUGUUGUCCAUAGAUUUGUGUACUAUCAUAUAUUCCUAAGUUUGCUGAAGGUUCUGCUCUUGGGCUUUGAUAUACCCCUAUUGAUACUCAUAUUUUAUGGCCUAUACUCGGCCAAACUGGUGGAUAAUAUUACGGUUAUAUUGAUUGUGGGUCAAAUUGUAUUAUGGCUGAGUCGUUUGUAUGGAUUAGUGGCACUGAUAUGCCUCACACAUGUGCCCUACUAUCAAGAAAAAAUAUUACAAUUACUGAAUGCAAUAUUGCAUAUAGACAAAGAGUUGGAAAACUGCUUUCUAGAUGAGAAUUCGACAAAGCAAAAGUCUGGGGCAUUAGUUCUGCUGUUUGUAGUGACUGUACUUCGUUUUGCCUCCGAUUUGCAUUCAACAUUUGGUCGUGUGGUGCAUCUUGUGGCAGCACUCUACUACAAUACCCUGCUGCAUCUGUGCUAUCUGGCUGUGGCCUUAUAUCUAGUGAAACUUAUGGAAUGGCGGAGAGAUCUAUCCUUAUUUAUGACGGAAUUUAUGGAGUGUCUUCAGGAGGAUGAUUGCUACUUUGGCAAUCAAAAUGAGCGUCUCAUCUGCUGUCUUCGCUUGAACUUUGCCAUCACACAACUCCAAGGAAGUUUCUAUGCCAUUUUUAAUACAUUUUCCUUUGUGAUACCUUUGCUGAUCUUAAAUUUUGUUUGCCUUUGGGAUUUUGCUUUGAUUUCGCACUUUUUGAGCAUAUUUUUAUUGGGUUUUCUGAGCGAUAAAGUCAAAAAAAAGGAAAAUGAGUUCCUAAAUCAAUUGGUGGAUAUAGAUCUGCAUUUAAAUAGGAAAAAUAUCAAGGAACCCAAGGAAUAUAGAUGUAUGGCAUUUCUAACCAUUUUGAAUCAACAUUUUAACUGUGCAAAGGAUCCCUACCAUCGCAUAUUGAGUAGAAAAUAUGCCCUAUAUUUAAUCACUAGUUUUCUUAUAUAUUUUAUUACCUAUUGGUUUGGUAUAUUUAUGAACAAUAAUCGCUUUUCAUUUCUGCGUAAAAUGAAUAUAACUUUAGUUUCAUAGAAAUUAAAUAUUAUAUAUGGCCAUAACAAUCUCGAAAAACAUCAUUUAGAUCUAAUACUAUACGUAGCAUACUAUAUUACUUCCCAUCAAAUUUAAUGAGGCAGCAAAUGUUGCAUAAAUGC